AUGGGGUGUAAUACAUGCGGGAUACGGCCUGCUGUAACUAUUCGGCCAUCUAACAAAAUGAAGCUUUGCAAAGAGUGCUUUCUCUUGGCAAUAGAAAACCAAGUGCAUUUAACAAUACAGAAAACCGAGAUGUUCAAGGGAGUGCGGAAACUUGUUGUUGGGGUCAGCGGCGGAAAAGACUCAACAGUCCUUGCGCAUAUUAUCAACCUGCUAAACAAGAGGCACGGAUACGGGAUAGACCUGCGCCUUCUCUGCAUCGAUGAAGGCAUUUCCGGGUACAGAGACAAGUCAAUAGAGGUUGUGCACAUGAACGAGAAAGACCUCGCCAUUCCCUUGAAGAUAAUUAGCUACGACGAAAUGUACGGACACACAAUGGACUCAGUUGUCUCGAAAAUAGGGCGAAAAAACAACUGCACGUACUGCGGGGUCUUCAGGCGCGGUGCUUUGGAGGACGGCACCAGGCACCUGGGCGGAGACAUGAUCGCAACCGGACACAAUGCAGACGACAUUGCAGAGACAGUUCUCCUGAACUACUUCCGCGGGGAUCUGAAUAGGCUGGUAAAGUGCACGCACCCUGUGACGCAGGUGAACUCCUCGGAGGUGGUGCCUCGAUGCAAGCCGCUCUCUGAAGUCUACGAGAAGGAGAUUGUGAUGUACGCAUUCUACAACAAACUGCCAUAUUUUUCAACCGAGUGCAAGUACUCGCCCGGCGCCUUUAGGGGCUUUGCAAGGACGUAUAUAAAGGCCCUGGAAAAGACAAACCCGCAGGUCAUUUUGAAGAUAAUAGAGUCGGGAAACCACGUCCAGAAGGCAGCCCACACAAUGAAAAGCCACAUCUGCAGGGCGUGCGGGAAAACCUGCUCCAGCGCCGAAAAAACCUGCAAGUCGUGCUUGCUUCUUAAAACCCUGGAGGCGCCUGAGUGCCCGUAG